AGCCAGUGUUCCGAAAUCGCAAGAAGAAUAACUGAAAAGUACCCAAAAACUUUUGCGGAUUUAACAAUGGAAGGAGAGCUGAUUGGCUGUGGCUAUGGAUCCUUGUUAAAUCAGAUAAAAACAAGGGUUGAACAUGUCAGUCGUGACAACACACUGGUGAGAGUUAGAAAAACAAAACGUCAUAUUGGUGACUGCGAGUCUACACCCAACAGCGAGUCUACACCCAACAGCGAGUCUACACCCAACAGCGAGACCACCGCAUCCAAAUGUUCAAAAACAGAUAGCUAUGGCUGCAUUAAUUGGCACCCACUUAGCCUACCGGAAAAUGAGAUUCCAGAAUCAGUUGAGGAAAAAAGAAAGGAAAUGGUUAUGUUAUUUUCUCAAGAGGGACCCCGAGCCGCAGAGCGUGGCCAGGUGGAAGAAUUGAUGAAAAUCACAUAUGCUUCUCAUCGCUAUGCCAUCAAUAUCAACCCCCCACCAAGCAUCGAUGAACUCAAAGAACAGUGGCCAUUUCUGUUCAUGAAGAGAUUUUUGUGUGCUCACUUCAACACUCUGACUGGGAUUGAUGUUAACACCAGACUCAUAGAAUCUCUUAGCAUAAAGGGAAAGAAGGUGUUAAAUUUUUUUGAAAGUCAAAUUCCAAGGUGGAAAAAGGAUGUCAGGACAGUCCUAAAAGACAUAGACAGUGCUGGUAGAGGAGACAUCGACUAUGGUGUUGCAUCUAUGAUUACCACAAUGGCAUUCUUCAAAGAGAGGGAGGAGUCAAUCUUUCUUCUGGCUGAUGUAACUGCAACUCCAGCUGAUGUAGAGCGAAGCUUCUCUGUUCCCAGCACCCCAAGGCUGAUUGCACUUGGAGAUUCUGUUCUCCUAGCAAAAAAAUGGAUGCUAACUAUGGAGGGCAGAGUCAUCAUCCAGCCGCAGGAGCUAACAGAUUUUUCUUCUGCAUUAGCUGUCCUGUUUGGCUGCUACUAUGUCUUCAAUGUGCAGUACCAGGAAGAGGCGGCCAGUACACUGGAGUUUAUUCAGAGGUUCAUUCUGAGAAUCAACCCUGAUGGCACCAAAUGCCAAUCAAAGUCGCACAUUAGCAAAAAAUCUGGAAAGAGGGUGCAAAGAAAAAGCAUCACCCUGAAUCUCCCAGUGGCAUCUCUCAUCAGAGAGAUUGUUGAAUUUGAUUGGCAAAAUUACUAA